AUGUCAACCCGUUCUCGCACUCCUUCUCCUCGACCUCACAAACGACGACGACAUACGGAGAAAGAUGAGCGCUCGCCAACGCCCUCAGAAGAGUCAGAGGUAGAACUUCCUUAUGGUGCGAAAGAGAUCUCGGAAAAGGACUAUUAUGCGAAGAAUGACGAGUUCCGAGUAUGGCUCAAGGAUGAGAAGAGAAGGUACUUUGAUGAACUCAGUGGAGAGAAAGCACGCUCGUACUUCAAGAAGUUCGUACGCUCAUGGAAUCGUGGUCGUCUUCCCCGAUCUAUUUACGCAGGCAUCAACUCCAGCUCGACCGCCCCGGCCUCUCAAACGGCCUUCCGGUGGUCCUUCACCGACCAGUCGAAUCGCGCCGAACGCGAGGCGCUAGAACGAGCCCGCGGGGACGUCGGAAGUGCCACCUGGGGAAAACCCAGCGCUGCCCUUUCCGAGACACCAGAGACGGAGAGACGCGCAGGGCCAUCAAGAGUCGCUGGCCCUACUCUGCCGUCCGCGUCAGACCUCCGUUUCGCUCAGGAAUCUGCUGAAGAACUGCGUGCUCAAGACCGCUCUCGCUCUCGUGCAUUGGACAAACGUGAUGCUCGGGACCGGUUGGAGGAGGUCGCACCCCGCGAAGUAGGGAGAGAGAGGAUGUUGGAGAAGAAGAGAGAGAAGAGGGAGGCGGAUAGAUCGUUUAGGGAUAAAGGGGAUGAUGCGGGCUUGGAGAUGGAUGACAAGAGCUUAAUGGGAGGAGAUUCGUUUCAGGAUCGGCUACGACAGAGAGAUGCGGCGAAAUCUCGGUUUGAGGAGAAGAAGCGAACGGAACGGAUGGAGCUAGAGGCAGAGAGGAAUGAGAGAACACGAGCGUUGCGCGAGAAAGAGCAGGGAACGAUGGAGAUGUUCAAGAAGAUGGCUAAGGAAAGAUUUGGUUAG